UUCCAAAAGAAACUCUUUACAAAUGCUAAGAGAUAGUAAAACUCCUUUGUUUUACUUCAUGGCAUAAUUCUGGAAAAGAAAAUAGUGGAGAUUUCUUGUGAUUGUUUAGAUUGAGGACAGCUAUGGUAUGCAAAGUAAUAUCCACAUAAUCAGAUUAAUUGUAGGAUUUGUCAAAAAUGCAUCACCGGAAUUGUACAUGGUUAGCAAUGUGCAAGAUUAGAUAUAGAGCCUUUCUCUAACUUUCCAGUAAUUUAAGACCUUAGGCUAAAAAGAAAUAAUUUUGCUAGGAUAAGACACAAAUGUGCACUUUAAAUACAAACUCUUUUAAUUGCUGUAGAAGAAAAAAAAUCCAUCCUAUUGGAGAAUAAUAAAAAUAUUUUCAAAUCUGCUACUUAUUAAAGAACAUUAUUUUAAACAACAGAAACAUACAAGGUUGUUUAUACCAGAGACAGUAAAAUUAGCCAUCUUCCCAGUGAAUUUAUUAAAGUACUCCUGGUAGAACUCCAAGUUAAUCUGUUUUGGUUUUGUUUUCAUCUUAUUUGGUAAUAUUAACAAAUGAAAAAUUGAAGACAUGGGUUAAUAUGUAUAACCUUUGACCCUUCAGAAAUGGAAGACUUUUCACUUAAUUUAGGCCAGUUCUACCUUAGUGUCUGGCUACUUAGAGACCUAAGAGGAUACAGUCAAUGUGAAGUUAUGUUAGCUGUUUUAAAAAUAUAUAUAUUUUCCCUUACUCUAUUUUUUUUUAAUUUCAGCAUUAUGAGAUGAACAGAAAAUGAGAAAGCAGGAUUUAUAGUAAAAGCAAAAGUUACUGAUUAAACUCAAGAAUUCUGAAUAAGGAACAUAAUUUAUUUAGCAUUUUAAGAGAAAAGCAGGUGAUAUAAAGUAUGAUUUUUUUUUAAAUGUUCCUGUUCUUUUUGAUACCCUUAAAACCUUUGGUGCACCAUGUGUUUCAGCUUUGGUACCAAAAAUUUAUAAAAUCAGUGAAAGGACUGGUAUUUGUAAUCUUAAAGACCUGAAAAGUCAGUAAGACCAUAUAAUUAGGGGGAAAGGCUACAGGAUAAUAAUAAGCCUAUAGAGUAAUUUCCAGUCUUAACCUAGCCCAAUCUGGUUUUCAGAAUUACACUUACUGACUUGGGGUGGUUUUAUUUUCAUUCCAAACUGGGUAGGCAUUUGAAGAUACUAUCAGAUUUAAAGGAACCUUAAAUUCCUUUAAAGAUAUUGUUGAAUGGCAACACCAAAGCAAGGAAGCUACUCAGGGUGAUCAAAGUCAUUCAUCUAGCAAAAGAAAAAAAAAGUCAGAACCAAAGGUGACAGAAAUAAUAAUUCCCCAGAAAGAAAGGAUUUUGGCAUAUAUCCCAAGAGUUCUAUGUUCUCAACACUAUUUUGAGAAAUCAAAAAUAUCUACAUAAUGUAGAUGUCUUUGAGUUAACAAAAAAUAAGCAGUUGUCCUUAUUAGUAGAAUCACAAAUGUUUGCUUCUUAAUUCAUACAAAACUAUAGUAGAGGAUCUCUGGAUGAUUGUUUAAAUACAGCAGCAAGAAAAUUGUGGCAUGACUGGAUCUGUCUUAAACACAAAAUCAUGAGGAAAACAAAACUUCUAAGAUUCAUUGGAUAAAAAGGUAAGAGAAAUAACUUUAUUUUUGUGUAUUUUGUUCACAUGGUGGGUGUGCUUAUUAAAUUAUUAUGUCUUUCUGUCCCAAAAUCCCUUGGUGAAUUUUUAUUAUUUUACCAUGUUUAUUUAGCUACUUUGUGCAUUGUCUCUGCAUUUUAAACAGUGUAAACGUAUGUGUCAAACUUUUUUUUUUUUCUUAAUUCUGACAAAAACAAUGUACAGGAGCAGCUUAUUCAGAUGCCUGCUUUGCAAAUGUGUUUUGGUCUUUAAAUAUAUAUAUGUACAUAUAUGUGUUAAACACAUUUGUAUAAAUAGAUGUGGUUUGGUGACUUCUUUGACAUAGUGAGCAGAAUGAAAUGUAAAAAAAAAAAAAGGAAAGAAAACCUUUGUACUUGAAAGGAUGAGGUAUGAAGUUUUUUGUUUGUCUUUAAAUCAAAACUUUUGAACCAAAAAACCUUUGGAGUUUAAAGGGUCUAUUACUUCUGAUGUGGAGCAUAUUAACAUAAUUACAAACUCUUUUAUUUACUCAUAGUCACUGCUAAGUUGAUGUUUAAACCUUUGAUUAAGUCGCAAAGCUGAAUAUGUUCAGACAGCUGUGUAAUAUCUCGUCUUCACAAAACAAAUAAUGGUUUUAGCUUUUUGUUUGUGUGUUUGUUUUGAUCCCUUUUUGUUACUAUGAAUUUGUCUUUUUCUUAUAGCCAGACUGUUAGUGGUAAAAUAUUAAAAUAUUGUAUUGUGUAGUACUGGGACUUUAGAGCAAAACAGCACUGUUAAUUCAUGCCUUUGCCUUGUCACGCCCUGGUGUGGUUCAUCUCUUCUGUCCUUCUUAUCAGAGCAUCUCAGUGCUUAGUUGAGCUUGUUUAUCUUGAAAGAGCAGGAGGCAGGCUUUUAGGGAGUAAGCUGCAUGUUCCAGUAUAACAGGCACCAAUGCUGUUUGACUUGAAAAACAUUUGAUCUCUUACAUUAACAGCCCAUGUCACUGUAAUAGGGACCACAGCUGGGCUGCUGUUCAGUUUUCUAUUAUUUUAGCUUCGAAAUAACUGUUAGUGCUGCUCCAAAAUCUCCAUCUAUAAAAUUGUGUGUUGGCUGUCCCCCCAGGACUCAAUUCCUCAGAGAGAGAAGACUGUAAUAAUGGCGAACCCCCUAGGAAGAUAAUACCAGAGAAGAAUUCACUUAGACAGACUUACAAUAGUUGUGCCAGACUCUGCUUAAACCAAGAAACAGUAUGUCUAGCAAGCACGGCUAUGAAGACUGAAAAUUGUGUGGCCAAGACAAAACUUGCCAAUGGCACUUCCAGUAUGAUUGUGCCCAAGCAACGGAAACUCUCAGCAAGCUAUGAGAAGGAAAAGGAACUCUGUGUCAAGUAUUUUGAGCAGUGGUCAGAAUCUGAUCAAGUGGAGUUUGUGGAACAUCUGAUAUCCCAAAUGUGUCAUUACCAGCAUGGGCACAUAAACUCAUAUCUUAAACCUAUGUUGCAGAGAGAUUUUAUAACUGCUUUGCCAGCACGGGGUUUGGAUCAUAUUGCUGAGAACAUUCUGUCAUACCUGGAUGCCAAAUCGUUAUGUGCUGCUGAACUUGUGUGCAAGGAAUGGUACCGAGUGACGUCUGAUGGCAUGUUAUGGAAGAAACUCAUCGAGAGAAUGGUCAGGACAGAUUCUCUGUGGAGAGGCCUGGCAGAACGAAGAGGGUGGGGACAGUAUUUAUUCAAAAACAAACCUCCUGAUGGGAAUGCUCCUCCUAACUCUUUUUAUAGAGCACUUUAUCCUAAAAUUAUACAAGACAUUGAGACAAUAGAAUCUAACUGGAGGUGUGGAAGACAUAGCUUACAGAGAAUUCACUGCCGAAGUGAAACAAGCAAAGGAGUUUACUGCUUACAGUACGAUGAUCAGAAAAUAGUAAGCGGCCUUCGAGACAACACAAUCAAGAUAUGGGAUAAAAGCACAUUGGAAUGCAAGCGAAUUCUCACGGGCCACACGGGUUCUGUCCUGUGUCUGCAGUAUGACGAGAGGGUGAUCAUAACUGGAUCAUCGGAUUCCACGGUCAGAGUGUGGGAUGUAAAUACAGGAGAAAUGCUAAACACAUUGAUUCACCAUUGUGAAGCAGUUCUGCACUUGCGUUUCAAUAACGGCAUGAUGGUGACCUGCUCCAAAGAUCGUUCCAUUGCUGUAUGGGAUAUGGCGUCCCCAACUGACAUUACCCUCCGGAGGGUGCUGGUUGGACACCGAGCUGCUGUCAAUGUUGUAGAUUUUGAUGACAAGUACAUCGUUUCUGCAUCUGGGGAUAGAACUAUAAAGGUAUGGAACACAAGUACUUGUGAAUUUGUAAGGACCUUAAAUGGACACAAACGAGGCAUUGCCUGUUUGCAGUACAGAGACAGGCUGGUUGUGAGCGGCUCCUCUGACAACACUAUCAGAUUGUGGGACAUAGAAUGUGGCGCGUGUUUGCGAGUGUUAGAAGGCCAUGAAGAGUUGGUGCGUUGUAUUCGGUUUGAUAACAAGAGGAUAGUCAGCGGGGCCUAUGACGGGAAAAUUAAAGUGUGGGAUCUUGUGGCUGCUUUAGAUCCCCGUGCUCCUGCAGGAACACUUUGUCUGCGGACCCUUGUGGAGCAUUCUGGAAGAGUCUUCCGACUCCAGUUUGAUGAAUUCCAGAUUGUCAGUAGUUCACAUGAUGACACCAUCCUCAUCUGGGACUUUCUAAAUGAUCCAGCUGCCCAAGCUGAACCUCCGCGUUCCCCUUCUCGAACAUACACCUACAUCUCCAGAUAAAUAUGCAUACACUGACCUCGUACUUGCCCAGGACUCAUUAAAGUUGCGGUAUUUAACAUAUCUGCCAAUACCAGGACGAGGAACAACAGUAAAAUCAAAAUACUUCCCGGUUUCCCGGACUAGCCGAGGAGCGGGGCUGCGCGACUCCUGCUGGGACACAGUUGGUCUGCAGUCGGCCCGGGCCAGUCUCCUCCGCGCAGCUGCCUGCUCCAGUGCUGCUAUUGGAAGAUGUCUCCUUUCUUUGUGAAUGAUCGAACGUUUCAACCUCCCGCCCCUCCUCCUUUCCCCCUGCACCUGUUUUUUCCCCAUUUGGUUCCAGACAAAGAUGACUUAUAAAUAUAUUUAGUGUUUUGCCAGAAUCUCUCUUGCUUUGCCAUUAAGCAGAAGAACUAAUUUCACUCUGUAGCCUACUGGGAGAGACCCAUUUCUUGGGGACAGGGGUGCAGGCCGUCAGCACCCAGUGCCUCCUGGUUAGCUGCAGGAAAGCCCGACACCCGGCCCCGCUGCGCCGAGCAGACAGAGCUCUCUGUGUCGCCUCCAGGCAAAUAGAGAAGACAAGAACGAACACCCUGGAAGAUCGGGCCUCCUGCCUCCCUCUGUGUCUCGUGUGCGUCUCUCCUCCUCCCUGCCGCCCCCAGCACCUUCAGCCGGUGCUCUCCCCAGCCUGAGAAGAGAGUGUGUGAAGAGGAGUGUCCUCGGUUGGCACGCGCCAGCCCAGCUAGGAAAUGCGACCAUGACAGAGUUCAGUGCUAUUAGUCACAAUUUCAAACAGUCUUUGCUGCAGGUGGCCCUGUGGUGACACUGGAUUCUCCUACCUGAUGCUGCCAUCCUCUUUACAACUCUGUUCUCUUCUCCUUCUUCCCCCGACCCAGAAAGGGGGUGGGGGUGGGGCAGCAGUGCCUGGACUCCAUCAGUGGCUGCGUCUUUCCUGGACUCAGCAGUCUCCUUGACUCCAUGUAGAGUGUGGAACGGAGCUGCUGAUUGCAUUUCCUCUCAUUACCAAUUAGAUGUGGAAUAAAAAGCAUUGCACUUCAUCUUAAAUCACUAGUAGGGCUCAGCCUACAGAAGGGUUUGGAAUGGCCAGAGCCAUCACUCAGCGCGUUCUGCAUAAUGAUUCCCAUCUCUGAUUCCUUGUCAGAGCCCGGGAGCAUCCGGGCACCUGGGCCUUUACCAAGCCGCAGUUGGACUGGCUGAGGAGAUGGUCAGGGAUAAAAGCUGGUUGCUUUAUCGUUUAGGCCAGUAAAUACCACUUCUGAACACAGAUCUGACCCUGUGCACCUUGCACUGCAGAGCCUGCCUUCUGCUUCUCCCAAGCCUGGUUUCUGCAAAAGGGUGGAGCUGCCAGAGAGAGGAUCAGGGUGAAGUUUGGCACACAGGGUCUAUUGAUGGGGCAGAAACUGCGUUCUCUUUCAUUUCUUCUUCCUCCUGGCCUUAAUUUGCUCUCCACUUUUCCCCAGCCAGUGAAAAUUCUCUGGCAGUCAGUGAACAACAUAAACAAAUGGACCUCGGCAAGGGCCGGGCUGACCUGGCCAUGCACAAGUCAGCUUCUGGGCGUCCACGAAUGUAAGGGCACAUGUGCCUCACCACGCCGAGAGCCCAGGGGAUACUGUUCACUGCGAGCCCAGAUUCCUUCCUCACGCAUGAGCCACCAUGGGUGCCAAAGGCCCAGAGGCCCCAGUCUGGUCUCCGGUUUCCUUUGGAAGCUGGGUAGUGAGGCCCGUUGUUCCCAUUCUUAAUGCAGUUGAGUUUAAGAAAGCCACUUUCUAACCAGCUGCUAUAAAAACAGCAAAGUAGGAGCCAGCUCCAAGUGACCUGUAGCCAGGCACCCUUUAGUUUCAAGAGGGAGGAGGAGGGACGCAUCUUCACUCUUCCCGCUGAUCUGCAAGAAGGCACCCUCUUUCCAGGCGGAAUUUUGUUAUUGUGUAUUGAGAGGCAGGUUAUACAUAUGCAUUUUUCCUUAUCAGCUUUACGAGUGCUUUUACAUUUUAGAUCCAUGUUCUCUCCAGAAAUAUUUUCCAGUAUAAUGGUAUGUUGUUGCUAGGAAAAUAUUUUCUAAUUCCCUUCCCAGCAAGCCAAAUGCUGCAGAGAAUUGUUUUCUACUUAGCCACUAUUAGGGUUCCUUGUGUGUUGUGUCGACUCUUCCUGGCUUUUUGAUUGGCUAAGAAUUUUGCUGCAGAUGAAGGCUGUCAGCUCUGGGAAACACACAGGUCAGACAUUAAAGGGGCAUGGUUCUCGGGCUGUUUCAAAAUAUCAUCUCACCCCUCUGCUAUACGCUGCUGCUUCAAAUUGGGCGCCCUUGGCCGAUCGUUGGUACCCUGGAUUUUGCUCUCCCACCCAGGCUCAGUUGAAGGUGUUUUGUUGCGCAGACUGUUGUGAGCCUUGUCCCAGCCUGGGACACGAGCUCAAGGGUGGACCCCGCAGAGAUGAGCCGUUGGCUCGGGCGAGGGUGUUCUCUGAGUCGUCGUCUCUGUUGCUGAUGGAAAUGGGAGUGAAGUGAAGUGGUCUGAAAAACUUGGAGUGUUCACAUUUCUCAGCUCGGGGGGUCAUUUACCAGUUCAUUGUAGAAGAAACAAUCAGGUAAGUGGAAGUUCAUUUCCAGAGAAGGUAAACCCCACUUACUAUCUCUGCAUGAUUUCAGUGGGAAUUGAUUAUCACUAAUCCCCAACUGGGCUAGAAUAAAUGCAAAGUUUGACCUUUUUAAAAAGAAAAGGAAACAAAGAAGGUCUUGCCGCAUGUAAAGGAAUGGUAGAGAAGGAGCUGGAGGAACCGGGGCUCUGAGGUGAAGUGUCCCCAUUGAGGAUUAGUCUGCUUUCGCUGAAAUUCACUUUCCAUUGUGAGCCUUUCUUAAGGUGGGGCGGGAAGCCCUGUGGAGGCAGAGGAGCAGUGUGCAACUUCCCCCAUUCGUGCCCCCUUGGUUGGCACUGGGGCUGCUUGGACAUGCCCAGCAUGCCUUACUGCGUGUGUGUGUGUGUGUGUGUGUGUGUGUGUCACCGCUGACAACAUUCUCUUACCUUCUAUGUGCAGUUUGAAAGUCCACAGGAAUUAUGAAUGGGAGACUUUUUACACUUGUCCCUGGGUGAAAUUCUUUCAGAUGUCUCCUAACUUCAGAAGCAGAGGCUGUCUCUGGUAUUCUGUUGACAAGUGAUGCACCUGGCCCUCAUUGCUUGUUUCUCAAUUGGAAAAGACACUGAAGCCUCGCGGUCAUUCUGCUUUUCGCUUGAGUAAGGACCCCCCCCCUUCUUUCGGAUAAUCGAGAGCUGCAGAGGAGGAAACAAGCCGCCUCCCUUGCUGGCUUACAGUAUCAGCUGCUCACUUGGCCCCUGACUGUGGGUGGAAAUAAAAGGACUUGAAUAAAAGAGGGCUGAAGAAUUCUGGCAAUAAUUAGGGGUGUGUUUUCUUUCCUAAAAUUGGCUCAGAUACCUUGGUAUUGUUGACCUUAGCAUCUUCCUUUCCCCAUAGAUGAUGAUACUUCCAGCCCAGAAUAGUGAGGCCUGCCAGCUAGGUACAAGCUUGCUUCUGGAAUAAUCCAAGGUACUUACAGAUAGAAAAAUGGGAUGCUGAGAUACCUGCCCCAUGUGACCAUCACAGUCUUUGAUGAUCAGGUUUACCGUUUGACCUAGGUCCGCGUUUCUGAUCACCUUCCCCAUUUGAAUGUGUUCAGCAGACUUUCAGAUGUGCCCAAAGAUUACUGGCUAAGCUAAGCUCCCUUGCUGCCUCCACACAGCCGGCAGAGCAGAGCCCCUUAUUUUAACCGCAAAGACAGCCGUCUCUUAGGGAAAUAAAACUAAGGUUUGCUUCCUGUUACCCAUAGUUCAUUUAUGACUUCAGAGUCCUUUGGAGCCGAAGAAAGAAACCAAAAGCGCCUGAUUUCAGGUGGAACCCACUGUGUUGAUCUCUAGAAUGGGAGUGGAGUGCUGAUGAUCUUAAGUUCCUGGAGGCAGAUGACAUCUGAAAUACGUGCUUUCCAGAAGACCCAAGCCGGCUUCCCUUGGCUGCUCACUGGCUGUGCGUGUGCGUGCGUGCUCUCAAGGAUUGGUGUGGUAAAUGGCAUUUAAAGUGUUAGCUCCCCUCCUAACCCCUCCCCUUCUUGGAUGCUGAAGGAAAAGACCAACUAGGAGGUUAGACCUCUGGACACGAAGGACGCUAACACCUUCCCAAGUCAGCCCAGCCCAGGCUGAUGUGAGCGAUGUUCAGUGGACUCCAGCUGCGGGCAAGGCCUGGCCACCGAUGUGGGCGUCCCUGAGAGUGCUGGGUCCAUCCUGCUCUGUUCUCUAGGUUCGCAAGUACUGGUUGCUUUGACUUUUGUGAUUAUGUUAUGGUGAUGUGUAGUCAAUGUACCAGUAUGUUCACAACUAGGAUCAUGGUCAUAGAGUGUGUUCUGUUUUGUUUUGUUUUUAACUGUUCAGGAAAAAAGUAACUUAAAUUACAAAUACAAGAUUAAAGUGAA